CAUCUUCAACUUCCCACUACUUACUCUUUUACCUCAUUUUUCAUAACUGCUAUUUUUAACCUCCUGCUCCUCAAUUUCCUCUGUAAAUUAAUAAGCAAGACCAUGAGUUUCUUCUUCAUCAUUCUCUUUGCUUUGCAGAUUAACCAAUCAUUUGCCAUUCCAAACUAUAACGUUUUAAAUUAUGGAGCCAAACCAAAUGGCAACACUGAUUCCACCGAGGCCUUUCUGCAUGCAUGGGCUGCAGCUUGUGGCUCUAGUGGCUCCUCUAUGAUUUACGUGCCUGAUGGACGAUUUCUGAUUGGCUCUCUUUCUUUUAAAGGCGCCUGCAAAAGCACUUACAUCACCAUUAGAAUAGAUGGCACUUUAGUGGCACCAGGUGACUAUCAAAUCUUAGCCAAAACUCGCCACUGGCUUAGUUUUGAAGGAGUUAGCGGCGUUUCCAUUCUUGGUGGAGCACUCGAUGCUAAGGGAUCCAAUCUCUGGGCUUGCAAGGCUAAAAGCACCAACUGCCCAACUGGUGCCACGACAUUAAUGUUUACCAACUCAAAAAACAUAAAGAUCAAUGGGUUACUGUCAUUAAACAGCCAAACGUUCCAUAUUGGCUUCAAUGGCUGCAAAGAUGUGUAUGUUGAAGCUGUCAAAAUAAUAGCUUCAGGAGAUAGUCCCAACACAGAUGGUAUUCAUAUUCAAUACUCAGACAACGUUGUCAUAACGGAUUCUGCAAUUAAAACCGGGGAUGACUGCAUUUCCAUAGGCCCCGGCGCAAAGAAUCUAUGGAUCGAAGGAGUCAGAUGCGGUCCUGGUCACGGUAUUAGCAUAGGAAGCUUAGGAUGGGAAAAAGAAGAAGAAGGGGUGAAAAAUGUGACCGUAAAAAGAAGUAUAUUCGCAGAUACUACAAAUGGAUUCAGAAUAAAGUCAUGGGCGAGACAAAGCAAUGGUUUUGUUGAAGGAGUUCGAUUCAUAGGUGCUAUUAUGGAAAAUGUUCAAAAUCCCAUAAUUAUAGACCAACACUAUUGCCCUCACAAAAUUAACUGUCCUACAGAGGUGUCUGGCAUAAAAAUUAGUGAUAUAACAUAUCAAGGAAUUAGAGGAACAUCGGCCACAGCAGUUGCUAUAAAGUUGGAUUGCAGCUCCAACUUUCCAUGCAAAGAAAUACAAUUGAAGAAUGUGAAUUUGACACAUUCACAUCAAAUAACUCAAUCAUCUUGUACCAAUGCCCUUGGAAAUUCUAUUGGUCUUGUUCAACCCGACGGAUGUUUGUAAAUUCAAAAUGGAUAGUUACGUGUAAUUAAUUUGAUUUUAAGGAUAUGAUUUAUUUUCAACCAAUCUA